AUGGACCCCUCCAAACCCCCUCAGGGUGAUCCGCCUCCACGGUUCAUUGAUAACGACCCAAAUACUACGGCAACUACCCCGUCCCAUUGUGAUUUGACCGACUCUUUGAAUCGUUUGACCCUGGCAAAUGCCGCUGCCAUUCCUUUACCUACAUCUCCGUCCAUCUCACCUCCCCACGAUGGCCUGUCGCGACCUAGUCCCCCCAUCGCUAUCGCCGUCGACCGCGCGCCGACACCGAAACGCGCCUCCAACUCCAACUCUAGUUCUCUACGUGACGACCACGGCAGACCAGUUCCAACACUCCAGAAACGUCCUUCUACUACAUCCCUACGAUCUGUGUCCCAACCUACCGGUCCCGCGAUCGCCGGUGUUCACGCGCCCAUACCACAACGUACCCCCAGCUCCAGUUCUCUACGCGACGAGCGCCGCAAGUCGACCCCCGCACUCCAGAAACGCCCAUCCGCUGCGUCGCUGAGAUCAACUGGUCCCACAUCCCCGGUUCCAGCCUCAUCGCGACGAUCCUCCGCCAAUUACCCUGGUUCUCCAACGACCUCGACCUCGCCCGCGAUGCCUCCGCGCCGAACAUUCUCCCCCACAGAGGCGCAACUCCCGACAGCAGCGUCGGUAGCAGCAGAACACUUUCGCAAAGAGGUCGACCUGCACCAAGUUGUGGAUCUCAAGUCUAAAACGGUGGUGGUGGUUCAUGAUGCCUGCUACGGCCACCGAUUCUCGCGGCCCCGCGCUUCAAAGGCAGUGCUAGCCUCGAUCGUGGAGAGACCGGAGCGCAUUCGUGCUUGUGUUUUGGGAAUAUCUGCGGCGUACAUUCGUAUGGGUCGUCGACAUGAGGGAGAGCAAUUUGCGCCACGCCCUGAUCUAGAUCUACAUUUGCUUCCUCCGCCGCCUUUCCAGAUUCGCAAGACGUCGCGCUCGCUGCCCCUUCAAGAUAGUGCUGUCACGCAUGUCCAUGGGAAUCAGUGGAUGACGGAUCUAAAGAGUAUGUGUGAUGUCGCCGAGUCACGGCUGGCGUUGAGUGGGAAGGAACUCGCUCGACCACGCGGUGAGGGCAGUGAUAGUGCUGUCAAUGGGCCGCAACUUCACACUGGUGAUCUCUACUUGUGCUCCGAAUCGCUGGAUGCAUUCCAGGGUGCGCUAGGUGGAGUAUGCGACGGCAUUGAUGCGGUCUUUGGUCAAGGUCCAACGACACGUGCUUUUGUAUGCAUUCGACCACCGGGUCACCAUUGCUCGGCUGAUUUCCCUUCGGGCUUUUGCUGGGUCAACAAUGUUCUUGUUGGGAUUUCUUAUGCGGCAAUGAACCAUGGCCUAACCCAUGCAGCUAUCUUGGAUUUCGAUUUACAUCACGGCGAUGGCUCUCAGGACAUUGUAUGGGACCACAAUUACAAAGCGUCGAUGGCCCCGCGGAAUGCGCCAGCCUACAAGAAAACCGCAAUCGGAUACUACAGUCUCCAUGAUAUCAACUCUUACCCUUGCGAGGGCGGCGACCCAGAAAAAGUGCGCAAUGCGAGUGUAUGUGUUGAUGGUGCGCAUGGCCAAUCCGUUUGGAAUGUCCAUUUGGAGACAUGGGAGACCGAAGCAGAAUUUUGGGAACUGUAUCGGACCCGUUACAUUACAUUGAUCUACAAAGCUCGCAAAUUCCUGCGUGCUCAGUCCCAGAGACUGUCUGAAACUCCCGGCGGGCCUGCUCCCAAGGCUGCCAUCUUCAUCUCAGCGGGUUUCGAUGCCAGUGAAUGGGAAGGCACUGGGAUGCAGCGGCACAAAGUCAACGUUCCAACUGAAUUCUACGCUCGUUUUACAGCCGACGUUGUGCGUAUGUCCCAGGAAGAGGGUCUUGGUGUGGAUGGACGUGUGAUCAGCGUCUUGGAAGGUGGCUAUAGUGACCGAGCUUUGACUAGCGGUGUCCUCAGUCACCUUGCUGGUCUGGGCGAUUCUAAUGCAUCUUCGAAUGAGUCUGCUCCUUCACACCUCGAAUACGAGAGCAAGUGGUGGUCUGCAGAUCACCUCUCCGAACUCGAGGCUCUCAUGUCCCCACAAAUCAAGCGCGAGAAAUCAUCACCUACCUUCCUCGCUUCUACAAAAUCAUUCGAUGCAAAGGUCCUCACUGUUCGGGACCGCAGGUCUUUCGGCUCUCAUACAGGAAUUAGCCCAAUCCUACCCCCUCCUCCACAGGUUGACUGGGCGACUGCAGCCUAUGAGCUAUCCAAGAUUCUCAUUCCCGAUAAGAGCCGCCAGACCAUGAGCUGUCGGCCAGAAGAUUUAAAUGCGGAGGCAUCCCGUCAGCGACGAGAUCGCCAAUUAGCUUUGGAAGGUGUCAAAAUCGCGGCGUGUCCACCUCCCCCGGCCCCAGAGGAGAAGCGACAGCUACGAGUGCGAAAGGGAAAGUCUCCAACACCCUUCUCACCGAGACCAGCGACACCCCGGCAGCAGGCUAUGCGCAAGAACCGUCGCAGAACGAUUGACGGAAAUGACCUGCCUGAUCCAUCGGGAGAGUUGUCUCCAUCUGUGGAUGCAAGCCGCAGGAAGAGUACCAACACUAGCACAACAUCAACUGAGCCAAUCACUAUGGGCGAUUUGGACGGCUCUGGAAAUCCAACACUCGUGAUAGAAACCGCAGCCACGACCACUCCUUCAAAGAGUGUCGGUGUGCGCAAGACAAGUGGAGGUUCACGAGCAGGCACCCCCAGACGUUCCGCAAGCCCCAGGAAGCAACCGCCAGUACCCAAAGUACCAACUGCUUAUCUGCCCUCGAAGCUUUCCGAUGAAGCCUCGGCUAAUGACGUCGAGAACCUCUCCGCUGGUCUUCGUCGGAUCAAGCUGGUCGUGCCAACCCCAGAAGAGCAGGCAGCUCGCGAGAAAAAGGCGGCUGAUGACCGCAAAUCCUACGCGGCUAAGACUCCAAAGUCCCCUGCCAGAUCUCCCAGAAAGCCCAGUGGUACGAAGACUCCUCGUAGCAAGGCAUCAUCUGCACGCUCCUCCGUCGCACCAAGCAGCUCCCCGCCUCUCCCUCCUAUGGGUGAUGCGGUGAAACAAGAGAAGGCCGAGACGCUAUCAAUCCCUUCACCAUGGGAGUCAGCCGAGUCCAGUAUCAUGGACACAACCAUGCAAGAUUUCGCAGCGCCACAACCAUCUGCACCCUAUGUUCCAGAAUCAACAUUCCAGCCAUCCACCCACUUUGAUACCAACACAUCCCCGCCAUUCACGCCAAAUCUUACUCAACCCCCCGACCUACCGGGUCCACAAUCAAAUACCUACACUCCGCCAAUGGCCGCGGGACAGACCAAGCAAGGUCUCCCUGUUUUUACAUCCAGCAGUCCUAUCCCCUUCGCCCCGCCUGGUCACCAACAGACGAACCCAGGACAGGACAAUCGAUCAUUCCAGCCACCUGCACACCCUGGGUUCCAGGAUGGCCGGUCUUACCAUAAUCACCCUCCCAAUUGA